AUGGCCGAGCAGACCAGUGGCGCUCUCACCUGGUACGCCAGCCUGGCGGCGGCGUGCUUCUCCAUGGGAUCCAUUUUCUGGGGCUAUGAUAUUGGCAUCUUGUCCACCGUGUUUGUGGCCCCAGGCUUUAAAGACGCCCUUCACCAUCCCAGCUCCAGCGAGACGGGCCUCAUCACUGCCAUAUUCGCCGUCGGUGGCUGGCUAUCAUACGCGGCCUUGGCCGGGCCGGUAAACGAUCGACUUGGACGACGAUGGGCGGGCGUUGCCGGCGUGGCUGUACUGUCCUUGGGCGCUGCGCUUCAAGCCGGGGCCGUCCACCUGGCGAUGAUGAUCGUGGGGAGGUUCAUCGCCGGAGUUGGCACGAGCGUCGUGUCCACCGCCGUGCCGCUAUAUCUGUCUGAGAUCAGCCCGGCCCGCCACCGAGGUGCAAUUCUCGCAUUGAAUCAGACCGGAAUCGCAUUUGGCAUUGCUAUCGCCUUCUGGACGGGCUACGGCUACAGUUUCUGGAACACAAAACGCGGUGUCGAGUUAGAGUGGCGUCUCAGCAUUGUAAUGCAGUUCAUCCCAGCGCUCGUUUUCUGCGUCGGUGCCCCUUUCCUCCAUGAAAGCCCUCGAUGGCUUUUGGAGCAUGACUUGGAGGAAGCCGCAGUCAAGUCACUCUCUGCCCUGCGAGGCAGAGACAAUGUCGAAGAGGUGCAGUCGGAGCUUGAGGAAAUCCGCUCCAGCAUCCUAUGGAACAGAGAGAGCAGCAUCACCAACGCCAAGGUGUUUGUCACGAACAAAGCCCUGUGGGCUCGCUUGUGGCGUGCCUGGGCACUGCAGUUCCUGCAGCAGAUGAGUGGUGCAGGCGGCAUUCGGUAUUACUUACCCACGAACUUUCGCGCCGCGGGUGCCUCCGAAUCCAUCAGCCUCCUAGCCAGCGGCAUCGACGGCACUUUCACGGCUUUUUGCGUGAUCCUCGCUUUCUUCCUCGUCGAUCGCAUAGGGCGUCGUCAUUCACUCGGCAUUGGCGCCAUCAUCAUGGCGUUCAGUCUCAUGAUCAACGGCGCAUUGCAGACCAUAUACCCCGAUGGUUCGAAUACUGCAGCCUCCUAUACCUGCAUUUUCUUCAUCUUCUUCUUCUCUCUCGGUUACUCGAUUGGAUUCGGGCCUACUGCCUGGACAUAUGCUGCAGAGAUCUUUCCCGUUCAUGUCCGUGCCAAGGGGCUUGGAAUCGCGGCCUCCGGUGGCUCUCUCGGAUCGAUCAUCGUCACUCAAGUCUGGCCUGUUGCCGUGGCAAACAUUGGACCAAAGACCUUCUUCGUCUUUAUGGCCUUUAAUCUCUUCUCCAUUGUCCUCGUGUACACAAUGUACCCAGAGACGAAAGGGCUCACCCUGGAGGAAAUUGACUCUCACUUCGGCAACAGCAACCUACAUGCUGAGUCCGGGACUGCUCCAAAGGCGAGACUUGACGAAAAGCACGAGGUGGAGAACGUUGAGAUUGAGGCUUCCCAUAGGGCAUAG